AUGACUUUUUACGAUGGAAUCCAAAACAAUAUGGUAAUGCUACAGAAUCAUCAUUUUGAUCAAGCCGUACGUUUGAUCAGUGAUAACGAUGUUCGAGUAAAUUAUACGGGUCAUGUUCGCUAUUAUAUUCCAUUUUCAACAGAAUCGCUUUGUAAAUUGGAUGUUAAAUUUUUUCCUUUUGAUAUACAACAGUGUACACUGAUGUUCGGUUCAUGGGCUCAUUCAAAUGAGUCUAUCAAAUAUGCACUAUACACUAAUCUAAGUUUAAUUGACUUCUAUGACAAUCAAGAGUGGGAAUUGGACAUGACGCACAGUAAAAUUGUUUCUAAACCAGUCUUGUAUGAUUACUUGGAUCCACCGUUGUAUUGGGAUAUGAUCAUUAUGGAUGUUGUAGUUGCCAGACAAAGUUUCUACUACGUGUUCAAUUUGGUGAUUCCCAGUACAAUCAUCACGCUGGUAGCAGUUAUUGGAUUCCAUACUCCAAGUACCAGUGGAAAAAUGAGAGAUGCAAAAUAUCGUUUGGGAAUAAUGACACUGAUGAGUAUGAGUGUUAUCCUUUUAGCAAUUGUUGAGGAUAUGCCUAAGUUCAGCAUGUCAAGCACUCGGCGAGGACGUGGUUCAUUUUCUGGUAUCCCAUUAAUAGGAUUAUAUUACUUUAUACUUCUGGCAGUAAUUGGUCUAUCAACAGUGACAACAUCAAUGUUUGUAUUUUUGGAACGUGAUGUUAAGGGUACCGAACAGAUGCCGUGGUAUCUGCGAUGGCUGUCUUUUGAUAUUUUCAAUAAAAAAUUAAAAAGAGCUGUAGCAGAGCAGAGGCGAAACUCUGGUGAAGCAUUACCGACAGAUGCUUUAUUGACUUUUGAAAACACGAGCUUUGGUAGCAACUGGCAUUUGCAAAACGAAAGGAUCAAAACUAACACACGUUAUGUGGCUAAUUCGUUAGCUGCAAUGGUACCCACAGAACUUCUAUCAAUGCAUAUUGAUACACAAAAGUUAAAAACCAAUUCACCAUCUGCCGAAAACUUUAGCAAAAGAGCAGCCAAAUCCUAUCAUGAUUUGGCGACCUUCUGUGACAAUAUUAAAGAUCUGUUAAACAACCUUGUUUUGGUAGUGGCAAAAAUUGAAGAUUCUGUGCAUGAAAUACGCGAUGAUAUGAUGGCAAUGUUACCUCAAGAGGAUUUACGCGACAAAAGGGAAACAGCAAUUAAACGUUUGGAGAUGUUGUCGUUGGUAUUCUAUGUAUCGCUGGUAUUAAUCGCAAUGUUUUUGUUCUUCUACCAUGAUUGGUACUGUGCAGUUGGACAUAAUCCAUGCAACAAUGAGGAUCUAAAGUGUCCUUGGAUGAAAACUCGGCCAAAUGAUCCAUCCUGUUUACCGUGA